CAGUGACGUUCAUUACGGAAGUAAACAUAAAAAAGGCUGAGAGGUUUAAAAGCUGCGUCACUUGGUUCUCUGGUCUAAAAGUCUGAGAAAGUGUGUGCUUUGAGUCCGGAGUCUGGUUGUUCGUGUCGGGUUAAAGUCGUCAGAGUGUCCGGUGUCCGCAGCAUCAUGUCCGUGACGGUGAAGGCUUACCUUCUGGGGAAAGACGAGUCGGUGAAGGAGGUCCGGAGGUUUACGGUGGAUCACGAUGUCUCCUCCAGCUACGACUACCUUCUCCGGAAAACCACGAGCGUGUUCAGCAACCUGAAGGCCGUCAACACGUACUAUAGAGAUGAGGAUGAAGACCUGGUGGCGUUUUCCUCUGACGAUGAACUAAUGAUGGGUCUGACCUGCAUGAAGGAUUCCACCUUCCGCCUCUUUAUCAAAGAGAAGAAGGAGAACCGUCGGGACUUCCCUCUCCACGCCUUCCCUCCCUUCACGUUCGGUCACCCUCCUCCUCCUCCUCCUCCUCCUGGAGCGCCGGCUGUGCCCCAUCACAUGACCCCGCCCCCACUGCACUCUAACGUCACCUGUGACGGCUGCGAGGGUCCCGUGGUGGGAACCCGUUUUAAGUGUUCCGUGUGUCCCAACUACGACCUGUGCUCGUCCUGCCAGGCUCAAGGGAAGCACACUGAGCACCCUCUGCUGCCCAUCUGGCACCCACUGCAGUGGUUCCCUCGAGGGAAGUGGAUGAAGAGGAUGAGAAACUGCAUGUGGAACCAGAACCUGAACCUGAACCCUGCUCAGGAUCAGGAUCAGGACAAGACCGGGACCGCCGAACCUCCUACUGACGGCAGCGCCCCCUCUGCCUCACAGGCCAACGUGGACUUCCUGAUGAACAUCGGCGAGGGGGUAGCGGCCUUGUUGAACCCACUGGGUAUUGACGUGGACAUUGAUGUGGAGCACGAGGGCCAGAGGUCAAAGGUGACCCCUCCUCAGAGUGCGGCCCCCCCCCCUCCUCAGAGUGCGACCCCCCCUCCUCCUCAGAGUGCGACCCCCCCUCCUCCUCAGAGUGCGACCCCCCCUCCCCAGAGCGGGAAGCUGGAGGACAAGGUGGACGGAGCCAGCAGUGAGGGGUCUAAGGUGAGCCGAGAGUCUGAUGAGGAGUGGACUCACCUGAGCCCCAAAGAGGUCGACCCCUCCACCGGAGAGCUGCAGUCCCUGCAGCCCCAGGACCUAAACCAGAGUCCCACCCUGAGGGAGGCGGCUCUGUACCCCCACCUGCCUCAAGAAGCGGACCUCCGCCUAGUGGAGUCUCUGUCCCUCAUGCUGUCGAUGGGUUUCACGGAUGAAGGAGGUUGGUUGACUCGUCUCCUUCAGGCCAAGAACUUUGAUAUCGGUGCAGCGCUCGACGCCAUCCAGUACGCCAAACCGCCCUGCUCCCACUGAUGACAUCACCGUUACUUACUAACAUCUAACCAGAUGAUUUAUACUGCAGAUGCUCUUCUUCUUUCCUUUAAUCAGAGUUUUAAUCCAAGACUGUUAUAAUCAGUACUUUCUUUAAUCCGUAAUUACUUUCUCACUACUGUACUGCAGUUUUAUGUUAAUCUCAACAAUAAAAACAUGAACUGAA